CGCGAAUAAUGUAAACACCAACAUGGCGGACGAAGAAUCGCUGUAUUACGGAACAUGGAGGAUUGUAGAGUGUGUGUCAUUGGCUGGAGUUGUAGAAACGACGGGAGUUGAAGGGACAGAAUUUUUGUUGGAUGAAAAUGGGGAUGUUUCCUGGAAGAUUUCGGAAGAUGCUGAACAGAUGCCUUUCUUUAACUGUGAGACUUACGAGGUGACCCCUGAAAAAGGAAGUAACAGAGCUUGUUUAAAGUUUAUUGGUACAUUUGCUGGACAUGUUAUUGAAUUUAAAAUUGAGGUAGCAGGAGAUCUGAUGCUGUUAACAUAUGAAAGAUGUUGCAUGCUACAAUGCCAGAAGGUGAUGUCACAUGAUCCAAAAGAUGAUGCACCCUUCUCAUUUUUGGGAGCCUUAGAAGAAGGCUAUUUCUAUGAUUUGGUGAUAAAGGCUGAUAAUGGAAAGGAGUUUCAUGUCCACAGUACAAUUUUGAAACUUGGUGCAGCAGAAUUAGACUGGUCAUGUCAGCCACCUCCUCUUACAGGGUUACGAGAAGAUGUCCUGCGCACAACUCUACAUUAUCUUUAUGCUGAAUGUCUACCAAGAGAUCUAACAGAAGACAUUGUCAAAAAUUGUAUUAAAUCUGUUGGAAAAUUACCAGGAUUCUCAAAGUUUUCUGAAUUAUGUGAAACAUAUUUAAAAAAUACAGCCUUGAAACAACAAAUAAUAAGUUUAAUAACUGAUAUGCAUGGUUGUGCUGAUAGAAUAAUAGAAUUAUUUACUGGUAAAGUAACAGGUGUCAACUCUGAAGGAGAACCUGUUUUAGAGGAUGGUUUAAUGUCUGAUCCAGCCAGACUGUGUUGUACUGUUAGAUUGGGUCUUAGAGAGGCUUCAGUAGCAUGUGCCAAGUUAUUGAUGUUAUGUGAUUUAUUUUCACGAAGGAAGGGUGAAUUGUCUCGAGAAGAGAGACAUGAAAUUAUGAAAUAUGCAAAAUCAAGAAUCCCAGUAUUUAUGAAUCAACUCCAUCGGUUUUUAGAAGUUGUACGUCACCAUUCAUCAGGGUUGUCCUCAUCAAGAAAAGUAGAUAUAGCAUCAUAUUUAGUACCAGAGCUUGAAGAAGUAAUAGAGAAAAUUACACAUAUUGCCACGGAAACUAAGCUGGCUUUAGAACAAGUCAUAAAUAACAGUAAUCAUGGAGAUAAAACAGAAAAACCUGAAAAAUCCAAGAAGCAUCAUGUUAGAGAUGUUUUGGGUAAAAAACUGAGAAAUGCUUUACAUGUGAAAGAGUUAAAGAAAUUAAAAGAUUUCCAUGAUAGAGCAAGUACCAGUUUUGUGCAUUUAAUGCAAAAAAAAGAAAAUUUUAAUGGUAUGACUCAAAUUGAAAAAAUUCGCUCAAUUUCUAAAAAUCUAGAACAGUUAAUUGAUGAGUGUCCAAUGUUUUUAAUAAGAUUAGAAGAAUUAGAAAGCUCAGCUGAGAAGUUACCAUGGAGAGAAUGGAAAUAUCUAUUUAAAUUAGCUACAUCUAAAACAGCAUGGGUUUUAGGAAAAGUCUUGUCAAACAAGGCUACAUUACAAUCCUUGAUUGACCAGCUCUGUGAUAUUGUGAAUCGUGAUCAAUUUACCAACUCCCUAGCAACAUUAGGUCUGACAGCAACUGAAUCCUCAACAGAGGGAGCUGCUGUUGGUACCAAAAUCAAUCAAAUCCCAAUCUCCAAAUAUGCACAGUUAAGUACAUUAGAAUCACUAUGCCUACCACCUCUCUCACACGACAGUAUAUUAGCCAGUAAAUCUAAACAACUUUUUGAAUCACAAUCUAAUACAGAUAUGGUCUUUCAAAUAGUACCAGAAAGUGGACCAUGUAAUGGUGAUAUUGUGAUAGAUCAUACCCAGGUAGCUAGUCCAGGUCAAGGUGCCGAGUCUAUAGAGAAAGUUGAAAUACCUGCUCACUGUGUUAUAGUGUCAGCUAGAUGUGAUUGGUUUAGACGUGCUUUAUUAAGUGGAAUGAGAGAAUCUAUAGACAAAAAAAUAGUAGUACAUGAUACUAACCCUGAAUUAUUUGAGUUAUUUUUAAAAUAUAUUUAUACUGGUGAAUUAGAUAGUCAGGACAUUACAGCUGAACAAUUAGCCGAUAUGUUAACACUCUGUGAUAGAUAUGAGAUGGAUAGUUUAAAGUUACUUUGUGAACAUUGUUUAAAACAUCAUAUUGAUGAGGAUAAUGUGUUAUGUUUAUUCAGCCUAGCAGAUCAAUUACAUGCAAAAAAUCUCAGGGAGUAUACAAUAAACUAUAUAGUAGAACAUCCUAAUAUAUCAAAUAAUGAGGAAUUCUGUGAAUUACCAGACCAUUUACAAGCUGAAAUAGGAGAUUUUAUUACAUGGAAUGGUUUAGAAACAAGGAAUGCUAGUGGUCUACGAGAUACCAAUAGCUCACCAUCAAGUUUUAGUGAUACAGAAGAUUUAACAUCUAAUAUUGAUCUAGGCUGCUCUCUACCUGGAGAUUCCUCCUCUUCAUCAGAAGAUUUACCUUUUAUGGAAGAUGCAACACGCCUUGAGUUCUGUCUCUCAGCGUUACGAGAUAUAAUAGGUGAUUCCGUACCACGAGAUGAGUUGGUCAGGGUAUCAUUAGCUGCAGAUUAUGAUGUGAAUCGUGCUCUCAACUUCUUUUUCUCUUCAUAGCAAAAUAUUAUCACGUCAUGAUUUUUUAGUGAUUUGAUAUUCUUCGUAGUUGUGUGGUUGAAUGCAUAGAAAAUUUAUAAAGAAAGAUUGUAAAUGUUGGAAAGGCGACUCUGGUCUGGCUCUCAAAUUUCUGUUACUGCCCAGCAGAGAGCAAUCAAUGUACCAACUUAGAUAUCCCACUUUUAUAGAUGAGAGUACCAUGAUGAAAAGCAAAAUCAAUUAUUGAGGUAAAAAAAAAAAACAACACACACAAUCUAAGCACAAUACCUAAAGCACUAUACCACUAUUGUCAAACUAAAUUAUUUAUUAACAAAUUUGUAAUUUUCAUUUAAGUUUUCCUUUAUGAUUG